AUGUCCUAUACCUCCAUUGACACAUCGCAUGAAAGAACCGAAAAGUAUUACAACUAUGGGCUAGAAGCCGGGAUGGGCCAGUCCGCAUCACGACCGAAGAAGCAGCCAGAGGCGCCUCCGCAGGAAGAAGAAGGAUGGGGGCUCUUCCACCAUGGCCCAGCAAUAUCUGGCCCUGAACAAAACUCACCUCCCGGCGAUCGCACUCCGGAGAACACAGAGCAUGCUCCCGGAGAAGAUGAGAUCCAGCACGGCUCUACGUCCCAAGCCGAAGACGCAACCCAGGAAGACGAAAAUCAGAUAGAACCCACGGCGUCGCACGUGUCCGACUCGGCGCAGCAUGAGCAGGACAAGAAAAGUGACAGUCUUGAUGAAGAACCAGAUCGAUCUGCGGAGACGACUGCGCACGGCGACAACACGGGAGCAGAGACCGGGAAUGUCCAGACAUCAGAGUCAACCAGUGCCACCGAGCGAGAGACGGGGGACCAAGGAGCAGAUCUCGCGAAAGAUGAUCCCAGAGUGCCAGACCGUCCACACAAGCCUGCCGUCCCGGUCAGUGCCAGACAGCCAGUACCAAGUCACCCCGCCGACGACACACCAUAUUCGUGGUUUGACAUGGUCAUUGACCUCGAUCAUCCUGAACCUCUUGGGCCUACAGGAUACUUCCCUGGCCCUUCGACGAUGCCCGACUUGCCACCUCUAGGGCCACGGACCAGUAUCCAAAUGUUGUGACCCUCUGAAGACAGGGCGAACAAUACUUACCUGCAGAAUCGCCCGGAAGUCGUUCUGAACAAUAAUCGCUCGACGAAGACAUAACCUCAGACUAACGUUGUCAUUGUCAGACGACCAGUUCUUGCGCAAACAUGGAAACUAGGUGUGAGAAGGUUGAUUCAACAGUGUGUAAAUUUUCAAACACGCUAUCCCAAGAUCGCUUGCCAUAUCAUCAUCUCAUUCAUUAACCAUCGGGUCACCCAGAUUUCGGGCGCGCAUCAAUUCUAAAGGACGCGGGAAGUUCCAGACUCUCCGCGUCGCUGGAAUCGUUGAUGUGACCCUCGCCCGAUCGUACGGUUGUCCUGUUCUCCCCUUUCCCUCUCCACGAAUCGAC